GUGCUUUCCAGCCGCGAGCUGUCAGGCCGAGUGUCAGGCAGGGCAGGUACGCGGCGCGCUCCCCCGGCGGCCCCCGCCCCCUGCCAGGACGCCCCGGACAGAGCCUGAGGCCGCGUGGACUGAAAAGCCGCUCGGAAAAGCUUACCCAAGGGCCAGCCUAGCUCCUAGACACCAUGUCAGACAGUGAUCUAGGUGAGGAUGAAGGCCUCCUCUCCCUGGCGGGCAAAAGGAAGCGCAGAGGGAACCUGCCUAAGGAGUCAGUGAAGAUCCUCCGGGACUGGCUGUACUUGCACCGCUAUAAUGCCUACCCCUCAGAGCAGGAGAAGCUGAGCCUUUCUGGACAGACCAACCUGUCGGUGCUGCAGAUAUGCAACUGGUUCAUCAACGCUCGGCGGCGACUUCUCCCAGACAUGCUUCGGAAGGACGGCAAAGACCCCAACCAAUUCACCAUUUCCCGCCGCGGGGGUAAGGCCUCAGAUGUGGCCCUCCCCCGUGGCAACAGCCCCUCAGUGCUUGCUGUGUCGGUGCCAGCACCCACCAAUGUGCUCUCCUUGUCUGUGUGCUCCAUGCCACUUCACUCAGGCCAAGGGGAAAAGCCUGCUGCUCCUUUCCCACAAGGGGACUUGGAGCCCCCCAAGUCCCUGAUGACCCCUGGUAGCACACUCACCCUGCUGACCAGGGCUGAAGCUGGAAGCCCCACAGGUGGACUCUUCAACACACCUCCGCCCACACCCCCAGAGCAGGACAAGGACGACUUCAGUAGCUUCCAGCUGCUGGUAGAGGUGGCACUACAGAGGGCUGCUGAGAUGGAGCUUCAGAAGCAACAGGACCCAUCGCCUCCAUUACUGCACACUCCCAUCCCCUUAGUCUCCGAAAACCCCAAGUAGGCCUCUUGUCAGCAGAGGUGCUUGAGGCUUGAGCCAGCUGUCCUGGGUUUCCGUUUUGGUUCCCUUUCAUACAGAGGGUUUUCUUGGAUCACUGCCAAACAUCAGGAUCAUCUCCUCUGUCCAGAGGCCUUCAGCAGGAAGACGCCAGCUGGUGUCACUGCACUGUGACGGGGACCUCUCCUCUGCUGACUCCCGUUUCUCCAGGCUUUCUCAGUGGUGAGACCAAGAGAUCGGAGUCAGGCAUGGUGCUGCUGCUGCUUCUCCAGAGACUCCCUAGGACACCUUUGUUUCAGCCUGUUUUCCUGGGCUGGGCAGAGGAAACCUGCCAAGUUCAGACCUAUGCUGGGUCCAAUAUGCCCAAGAGCCAGGCCUCUUUUUGUUAAGCCAAGUAUGGAUGUUCCAAGUUCAUGAGUGUAAUCAAAAGAGGAACUUAGCAGAUGUAACAGUACUGACUCCAAUUGAAUGGUUAGGUUUUCACUAAACUUUGUGUUUUUUUCCCAUUUUGCUGUGGUUUGCAUCAGAGGGAGUAGUUAGCCCAGGUGUGGGGAAUAAAUGUCAUGUGGAGUCAGAGGAACUGGGAAUGAGCCACCACUAUAGCUGGUAAUUGCUUUAGGAGGAAGGAGUAUUUUAGUUUGGGGACCAGCUAAAUCUUUGCAAAAUUCCAAAUAGUUGUUUCUUUGGUUUGGUUUACCAAAAAGAAAAGAGGAAAAAAAAAAAUGUGGGCCUUGGCUUUUCUGUAUCAGGCACAGAAGGGGAUAAAGCCACAUCCUGGUGAGGAUUCAACAGAAUCUGACCAAACUUAAGUGCAGAGCAGAGAAGGAUGAUAAAUCAGAGAGUUGUUUUUUAAUUUUGUUGUUUUUACUGUAUUCUGGGGGGUGGGGGAAAGUAAGCUAGACUGAGGCAGUGGGUUGUGUUUUGUUUUUUUUUUCCUCUUUAAUGUUUUUUCCUUCUGUACUUUUGAAAGCUGUGCCCUGCAGCCUGAGUUUUGAAUUCCUUUAGGAACUUGGGAUUAGUGGGGGACAAGAUGUCAAAGGCUGCCAGUAGCUCCUGCUUGGAGAGAAGUGGAGCCAUCUACUGGUCAGGAAGCCCUUUUAGUUGACUCAAACUUUAGCUAAUUUUCCCAGGCUAGUGGCAGGAAAGGAGGAAGCAGGGGAUAGUGCCUCCAGUUGGUGAGGAUCUGCCUUUAGAGGAAGCUGGGGCUGGAAAUCACGUUAUGAAACCUGUUCACUAUCUGUGUUGCACCUUUCUUUAAAUUGGAGUUGUUCAGGCCCCUGCCCUGAACUCCACAGUAAAACUGAUCACAGUUGGUCUUAGUCUCCCCCACCAUAUCUUAUUUUGCUGAAAAUGUUAAACAGCAAUAUACCCCAUCCUUUAUAUAUCCUAAGAAACACUAACCCUAGGUUAUUACUAGCCAAAAUAUUUUUGUUCUGAAUAACAUCGUUACUGGACCAAAAGACAGGUCAGGAUCCUCAGCCUGUAGUCCCAAAAGCUGCCAGGUUAGGCAGAAGGGGAAGUUCCUGGUAUUGACUGACUUGGGUGGGAGAAAGGCAGCAACAUGUGUUCUGUCAUUUCUAGGAUGAUCCCUGAAGGCUUCAGGGAAGCUCCCCACUUAGUGACUUGGCCCUUCCAUUCCUGUGGGAGUAAGGAGAGGGAGCUUUGCUCUCUGGGCAAGGUUACCAGGCUCUCAAUGCCUCACCUGGCUGCUGCUUCUAGUGCCCCUUCCAUGCAUGCCCCAGGGGGAUCAGGGAUCCUCACCUCCCCCUCACCCCCCCCAGGCCCAGCUGGGGAAGAAUGGCCAAGGCAGCUUCAAGGUUGAAGCAACUGUCCAGUUUCUUCCGUCCCGCCCAUUUGUGAGCCUAAGUCUGGUGACUUGCAGGUUGCUUGUAACGGGAAACUUGAAUUAUGCUGGGCUGGGGUGCACUGAACUGUGGCGGGGGUGAGGGAGCCAUGCUGCUGUAUUUUGGUUGGCAUUCCCCUCUUAUGCAGGAUGGGGAGGGUAGGGCUAUGGCAGCCUCUGCUUGGUUUGGUUGUGAGAUAAACAUGGAGAAGCACAGUUACCCGUUGAAUUAU